UAAGUAUGACAUUUUUAAAACUCAAUCAGGGUUGUAUAUUUGUUAUCAUCAUUCUAGCAGUAUCAUGCACUGCUCAUACAAGAAAUGAAACUUCAGUAUAUUGGACCAUACAUGGAAGUGUUCACUUAGGAAAUACAACAAUUCUUCACUGUAGGAUUGACAGGAAAUUUAAUGUAUGUGAGAAUGAUUCACAUAUUAGGCGAUGGACAAGAUAUCAAAAUCAAACUAUAUUAACAUUUAAAGAAAGUUCGUCAAACGAAACCAAAUAUAAAGGGAAGGCCAACAAACAUUGCACAACUUACUCUCUCCAUAUUCAUAAUUUUGGACCAAGUGAUUUUGGAGUUUAUACCUGUAGUUUUGGUCUUCAUAGCAAAGAAUUCCGAUUAGAAAGAAGCAGCUUUAAAAGUAAUCAAUCAAAGAAAAAUAUAAUUGUUCAUAUGUUAUGCUCAAAUAACCAUCUUGAAUUGGAAGUGGAGAUGCAAGAGACAUUUCCAAUACCAAAGUGUUACUCCAAUAUAACGAAUAAUUCUGAAAAGAAAAACCGUAUAAUACAUACACAUAUAACAGGCGUUCAGAAUGCUACAAAAGACAAGAUAAAAUUUCAAUUAAAGGAUCACAGUUGCUCUGGUGUCAUACAUACAUUUUGUUUAUUUGAUAAAACGAAAGUAAAAGUAUUCAACAGAACUUAUAACUGCUGUACAGAUACGCACUUCUCUUUGAUACUGAUUGUUCCAAUUGGUUGUGCGAUAAUCAUUUCAUUCGCAGUUACCAUGGUUACCGUAUAUUUGUUCAAAAAGAAAAAAAUAGGCUUUUGUCGAAAAGCAAUAUCAAGCUAUGAGCAUUCGUCCAAUCCAUGUGAAAUGCUACAAUUGUGUGGUGCACGUAAAGAGUAAAAACAAAAAAUGGAUAUUGUGACCUCAGAUACUGCAAAUCUUGUGUAACAAAUAUCUAGACGUUGAUAUAUUCAUAUUGAGCUAAACUCGAUGUAGUGUAAGUGUAGUUUACACUUAAACUAAACUCAAUUACGUUCCCAAUGAUACAAAUCAAUGUUUACAUAAAGUUUAAAACAGGUUUUGACUACACGCAGUCGAUAGUCAAUGUAGAUAUUGUGUUAUGAAUAAAGGGAAUCAUAGUAAUUCUGUAAUUCUGGUUGGAUGUUGUUUUAUGUUUAAUCGUUUGUGGUUUUAUUUCUAUUUUUAUUUGUUAUAUGUAUAUCUAUGUAAAAGUAAAGAUAUAAAUUACCUAGUUCAUUUA